AUGAUCCACAGAUCAUUUUUGUGGUUGCGGUACUCUCCGCGAGUUCAUGACAAGAUCUCAGCGAGCACCAGCGAGGACCUCUUCGUGGAGUUCGUGAGCUCGCCCGCGGGCCCGCUGCUCAACACGGGCUUCCACUUCAACGUGGGCAACUGGCCCGGCCAGGUGGACACGGCGGGCGAGCGCAACGGCACCUGCGACUGGGUGCUGAGCAGCGAGGCGCUGGCGGCGUCGGGCGACUCCGAGGGCAUCUUCCUGUCCGUGGCGCACUGGUACCCGCCGCACACCUCCUGCACCUACCUCAUGCGCGGCCGGCCCGGGGAGGUGGUGCGCCUCUACUUCCCCAGCUUCCGCGUCAACCGCAUCGAGUCGCCCAUCGCGCCGUGGCCCGGCGACUGCGGCGAGUCGCUGACGCUGUACGACGCUGCGUGGCCCGACGACGCGCGCAUCAUCAAGACCUUCUGCGACACCUUCUCGCGCGCCAUGGAGAAGCACGACUUCGUCAGCUCGGGCCCCGCGCUCUUCGUGCGCUUCGAGAGCAAGACGGGCUCCUACUCGGGGUCGUCGCUGUACUACUGGGCGCACUACGACUUCUUCAACGACACGGCGUCGGGCGAGCGCGUGUCGGGCACGGCGUGCGACGAGGUGUUCCACAGCUGGCGGCGCCCCGCGGGCCGCCUGCGCUCGCCCAGGAACACGCUCGUGUACAAGCGCGCGGGCCCCGGGCGCGACGUGCGCUGCCGCUUCUCCUUCCGCUCCGACCGGCGCGUCUUCGCGCGCGUGCUGCUCACCAUCGAGAGCGUCGCCUUCAAGGUUGUGGAGGUGAGCGAGGGAAAUGUGCUGGUAAUGUAUGUGAUGGGGGGUGGAGAUGGAACUGGUGAUGAGAGAAAUGGAGGCAGUGAUGUAGAGGAUGGAGGUGAUGAAGGUGAUGGAGGUGAUGGAGGUGGUGGUGGUGGUGGUAGUUAGAACGGUGGUGAUGCAGAGCAUAGUAGUUGUGAUGAUCUAAGUGAUGGUGGGAUAGGUUGUGGUAAUGUAGGUGAUGAUGGGGAGAUAGUGGAGAUGAAGGAGGUGGUGGAGGUGAACGUUGAGGAGGUGGUGGUGGUGAUGGAGAUGGCAUAA